AUGGCUUCUACAUCCGGAAAAAAGCGCUCAUAUAAAGAAGCAUUUUUACAAUGGGGUUUUACGAAUAUUGUGGACAGAAAUAUAGAAAAGCCUCAGUGUGUUUUAUGUAAUAAAGUGCUUAAUCCAGAGAGCAUGAAACCGAGCAAAUUAAAAGAACACUUCGAGAAAGUUCACAAAGAGUUUGUAGGUAAAGAUUUACAAUUUUUUAAGAGAAAAGAGAGCGUUCUGAAAUCUUCUCGAAUGGAUUCCACAGGAAAUAUGCAAAAGGCAAACGAGUCGUGUCUUGAAGCUUCAUUUCAAAUUUCUUAUCGUAUUGCUAUGAACAAAAAACCGCAUACUAUUGGAGAGGAUCUUAUCAAACCUUGUUUGUGUGAUGCAGUAUCGCUCGUUAUUGGAGAACAACAUGUGGCUAAGAUUAAACAAAUAUCACUCUCAAAUACAACAGUUCAAAAACGCAUUUCAGACAUGAGUAACGAUAUUUUGGCAACCGUUAUUGAUGAAAUUAAAGCAAGUGAUAUGUUUGCGCUGCAAUUAGAUGAGUCUACGGAUGUAGCUUCAUGUUCACAAUUGCUGUUAUUUACUCGUUAUAUCAAAAAUGACCAUGUAAAAGAGGAAUACCUGUUUAGCAAGUCUUUGCCCACCACUACGCGUGGCGAAGACGUAUUUCAAACGCUAAAACAAUUUAUUGAGGAAAACGGACUGGACUGGUCAAAGCUGGUUGGCGUUUGUACGGAUGGGGCGCCUUCCAUGAUGGGUGUUCGUUCUGGAUUUCAAGCACUUGUGAAACAAGUUGCUCCUCAAAUUUUAUCUUAUCAUUGUCUAAUACACCGCUACGCUUUGGCCGUUAAGACGCUUCCACCAGAUUUGCUAAGCACGUUGAAUGACGUAGUAAAAAUUGUAAACCAUAUUCGUGGCAGUGCUACAAACUCGAGGAUCUUCAAAGUUUUAUGCGAUGAAGUUGGUGCAAAAUUUAAUUCUCUUUUGUACCACACAGAGGUACGUUGGUUAUCUCGAGGAAAAGUUUUGAACAGGGUGUACGAGCUUCGUGAAGAAAUAGGAUUAUUUUUGGAAAAACAGAGAACACAAAAAGAGAAAGAGUUUUUCUCAAAAAUAAAAGAUAAAAUAUUCAUUGAAAUGCUAGCGUAUCUUGCUGAUUUUUUCAGUGAAAUUAACGGUCUUAAUCUCUCAUUGCAAGGAAAUAUGACGAAUAUUUUAACAGCGCAGGAUAAAGUUGCUAGUUUUGUGCGUAAAUUGGAACUUUACCAACGCAGAGUGCAAGCAGAUGAUGUGUCGAUGUUUACACAACUGUGUGAGCAAUUAAAUACGGAACAAAACGAAAUCACGUUUAAAAACUCUGUGAUUCAACAUUUAUCUGCAAUAAUAGAUUCACUGAAGCAGUAUUUUCCGGACUUGGAUAAUCGUCAGUCGAACUCUUGGAUAUUAAGACCGUUUUCUACUGAUGAUGAUAUUAUUCGAGACGAAGAUGUGGCGGCAAAAGUGGAAUUUCUUGGAUUACGCGAGAAUAGUACUUUGAAAGUAGAAUUUCAGAAUUAUGAUCUCAGCACAUUUUGGAUCAAAACAGGUGCCGAGUAUCCUGUUUUAUGUAACAGAGCUUUAAAAAUGCUAAUACCAUUUGCCACCACCUACAGGUGUGAGAGUGGGUUUUCUACUUUAGUAACACUGAAAACAAAGGCCAGAAAUCGUCUCAAUGUGGAACAUGACUUGAGAUGCGCUUUAAGUGAAACUAAACCUAACAUUAAAAAACUUGUUAAUGCAAAACAAUACCAACCUUCACACUGA